AUGUUUGCCAGUGGUGGGGUACAGUACCGUACAGUAAUUACAGUACAGAGACUGAGUGCUGCUGCUGCUGCUGCUGGCAACUCGCUCGUCUACAACCCCAACAAGGCUGCCGUCACCUUUGACUACACUGUCGCUGCUGUCGACAGCACCAACUGGGUCGCGCUCUACAAGGGCACCAACAACCCCAAGGACGGCUCCAAGUACUCGUACAGCGCCUGGGUCUUUGCCCCCGACGCCAAGGGCAGCGCCUACAUCAACGCCGUCUCGCUCGAUGAGGGCGACUACAACUACUACGCCGGCGGUGUCAAGCCUGUUGCUUCCGAGCCCAUUGUCUUUGGCAAGCCCAAUGUCGCCCCCAACACGGCCGACAACGAGUGGCCUACCGACCACGCUGCCUUUAUCGCCGACUUUACCUUUUAA